CUAUCGAGGCAACAGGCCUUAUCUGAGCGCAUCACCAAGUAAUAAGAUAUGCGGUUGCACGCUCCGCAUGAUCGGCAUGAUUCAAGUUGCGGCGGGUCGAUAGCCGAACCCGAAUAUCACUAGGUGGCGUUCGCGGCAGCGAGGCGGCGACGGCCGACGACAGCCGAGCAUCGCGCGACGAUGACGGAAGACGGAACGGUAGGGAAGUAGGGAACAGGCGACGACUGCGACGAGGAGGCAUUGACGGCAGUCGAUGGCAACGGUCGGGUGGUGCGGUUGAUUCUGGUUGUGCGCAAGUAAAAGGUCGCGAGUCGAGGAGGAGCCGCGCAACAAACGUCAGAAAAGGAAGAGGAGGAGGAGGAGAAGAGUGCUCCGCGUUCGUGUGCGAUGAACGCGACGUGAUCCGCGAGUAGUAGAGCGAGUUAACAAAAGUGCGACUUUGGCACGAGAAAGCGAAUACGUUGGGCAGUGCGUAAUAACGCCACGCGAUGUACAGGACUAGUACGACGACCGCGGUCCCGGUCGCCCGUCGAACCACGAUAGGCGCAACCGUGACGCGCGACAACGUUUUUCGGCCCCUGUUGCUGCUGCUGCUGACCUUGUCCGGCCUCACGAGUCCGGUUGUCAGUGAAGAAAAUGGCCAUUGUAUAUGGUAUGGACAAUGUUACACGGAUGCAGCUAUGCAUGCAAAGAAUUGUAUUUAUGAUGGGCCAGCGAAACCGUUGAACUCUGAAGGACAAAAAUUGUUGGCUGAGCAUUGUUCACAUUUAUUAGUGGAUGAUGGCAAAGGAAUUAAUACCUGCUGCGAUUCGAACCAGCUCGUCACAUUAAACUCAAACAUCAAACUUGCAUCAAAUUUUCUAAAAAGAUGCCCCAGUUGCUUGGAUAAUUUAGUAAAGCAUUUUUGCGAUUUCACAUGUGCUGUUAAUCAAAGCAACUUUAUAAAUAUUACAAAGAAAGGCGAAGCAGAUAAUGUAGAAUAUAUUGAAGAGAUGGAGGUAUAUAUAACGAACAAAUAUCUUAAUGGAACGUUUAACUCGUGUAAUAAGGUAUCGGUGCCGAGUACGGGGCAGUUAGCAUUGGAUUUAAUGUGUGGAGAAUGGGGAGCUAGUAGAUGUACUCCGGUGAGAUGGUUUCACUUUAUGGGUGAUGCAGAAAAUAAUGUUUACGUACCUUUUCAAAUCACAUAUAUAAAUACUGAUAAACCUGUUGGAUCAUUUGUGCCAUUGGACCCAUCAAUUACACCAUGCAGUAAGCCAUUGAACAAAAACACUCCAGCUUGCAGCUGCGUUGAUUGUGAACAAAGUUGCCCAGAACCACCACCAAUGCCUCCACUACCAAAACCGUUUUCAAUAUUCAGUUACGAUGGAUACGAAGUUAUAAUGACAAUUAUUUUUAUAUGCGGUUCCUGCCUUUUCCUUCUGUUAAUAAUGUGUUUCAGCCAUAGAAAGCGUAUAGUUGCACGAGGAGAGGAGGUAGGAAGACAGGUGGGUAGACGGCUAGCUGCCGGAUUACACCCAGGAGAUGGUGCUCGUAUUGCCCUUGCCGCUGACCAAGAAGACAGUCCACUUCAAUCUAAGCGUUCUAGUGUUAUAUCCUCCGAUGAAUUACCUACUGAAUUUGACCAAGAACAAUCCACCUUUAUUGAGAAACUUGGAGCAGGUACUGACAAAUUUUUGCAAGAAUUUUUCUGCAAGUGGGGAACAUUUUGUGCAUCUCGACCUUGGUUAGUACUUUUCUUUGGCUUCCUAUUGAUUGUUGCCUUGGGACAUGGCAUAAAAUACAUGCAAGUUACUACAGAUCCUGUGCAAUUGUGGGCAUCUCCACAUUCCCGGUCACGUAUUGAAAGGGAAUAUUUCGAUAAACACUUUGAACCUUUUUAUCGAAAUGAACAAAUUAUUAUCACUUCUGUUGGCUUACCGAGUAUUGUACAUAACACCUCCAAUGGACCGAUUAUAUUUGGUCCUGUAUUUAAUGACACUUUUCUAAAAAUAGUUUUUGAAUUGCAAGAAGGCAUUAAAAGUAUAAUUACUCCUAAUAACUACACAUUAGCGGAUGUAUGUUUUGCUCCAUUAACCGGACCAUUUACUGGUCGGACAACUGUUUCGCAAUGCGUUGUUCAAAGUAUUUGGGGUUACUGGCAAGAUGAUGUAAAUAAAUUUGAAGACUCAGAACAAGAUGGGAAUUACACAGUGAAUUAUUUGGACCACUUCAGAGUUUGCUCACAAAAUGCAUAUAAUCCUGAAUGUCUCGCACUUUAUGGUGGGCCUGUAGAGCCAGCAAUUGCAGUAGGUGGAUUUUUAUCUCCGGGACAAGAUCUUCAUAAUCCACCAUAUGAAAAGGCGACUGCUAUAAUCCUUACUUUCCUUGUAAACAAUUAUCACAACAAAGCCAAGUUAUUGCCUGCUAUGGAAUGGGAAGAAAGCUAUAUCAACUUUAUGAAAAAUUGGACCGCGACAAAAAAACCAGCAUUUAUGGACAUAGCAUUUACAUCCGAACGUUCUAUCGAAGAUGAACUGAAUCGUGAAUCUCAGUCGGACAUUGUAACCAUUCUGGUAUCAUAUAUUAUUAUGUUUGGAUACAUCGCAGUAUCUCUUGGCCAGAUUAGAUCAUGCGCUCGUCUUUUGCACGAUUCUAAGAUUACUCUUGGACUUGGAGGUGUACUCAUAGUGUUGGCAUCUGUAAUUUGUUCGGUUGGAUUGUUUGGAUUUAUUGGUGUACCAGCUACGCUGAUUAUCAUCGAGGUUAUUCCAUUCUUGGUACUGGCAGUUGGAGUAGAUAAUAUUUUUAUUCUUGUUCAAACUCAUCAGAGAGAAGCUAGACGUCCGAAUGAAUCAAUCCCGGAACAUAUUGGUCGUACGUUGGGUCAAGUUGGCCCUAGCAUGUUACUCACAAGUGUGUCAGAAAGCUGUUGCUUCUUCCUUGGUGGUCUCUCCGAUAUGCCUGCCGUGAAAGCAUUUGCUCUCUAUGCUGGAAUGGCAUUAUUAGUAGACUUUAUAUUACAAAUUACAUGUUUUGUCAGUCUUUUAGCACUUGACACGAUUCGACACGCGAAUAACAGGCUAGAUGUAUGUUGCUUUAUUCGCUCCAAGCGUGAUGAUGGAGAAGAAGUGGUAGACGGAAUAUUGUAUAAAAUUUUCAAAGUUGUAUACGUUCCAUUAUUGUUACAAAAAUGGGUUCGCACAAUUGUGAUGAUUGUCUUUUUCGGCUGGCUCUGCAGCAGUAUUGCUGUAAUACCACACAUCGAGAUUGGCCUAGAUCAAGAACUUUCUAUGCCCGAAGAUAGUUUUGUGCUUAAAUAUUUUAAAUUUUUAAAUAAUUACUUAUCUAUCGGACCGCCAAUGUAUUUUGUUGUUAAAGGUGGCCUAAAUUAUUCAAAUACAAAAACGCAAAACUUAGUAUGCGGCGGACAAUAUUGUAAUAGUGAUUCAGUGUCGACGCAAAUAUUUACAGCAUCUAAACAACCAAACAGAACUUACAUAGCUAAGCCUGCUUCGUCUUGGUUAGACGAUUAUAUCGAUUGGUCGGGAUUAGCCGGUUGUUGCAAAUAUUUUCCCACAAACAGUUCGUUCUGUCCACAUACCCAUCGGCAGUGUACAAAAUGCAAUAUCACUUUGAAUGAUUACAACAGACCAAUACCUGCUGACUUCGAUAAAUAUGUAUCGUUCUUCCUACAAGAUAAUCCCGAUGAAACAUGUGCUAAAGGAGGCCACGCAGCUUAUGGGCGCGGUGUGAAUUAUAUUACCGAUUCUAAUACAAAAAUGUCAACAGUUGGUGCUUCGUAUUUUAUGGCUUAUCACACUAUUCUCAAGACUUCGGCCGAUUAUUAUGAAUCAAUGAGAGCAGCCAGAGUAGUGGCAGCGAAUAUUACGGACAUGCUUAACUGUAAUUUGAAAAGACUCAAUGAAAACACUUCUGCAGAAGUUUUUCCCUACAGUGUUUUCUAUGUAUUUUACGAGCAGUAUCUUACUAUGUGGCCCGACACAUUGCAGAGUAUAGGAAUCUCAUUACUCGCUAUAUUUGUUGUUACAUUCUUAUUAAUGGGUUUGGAUAUCUUCUCAUCACUCGUGGUUUUGAUUACAAUCACGAUGAUUGUCGUUAAUAUUGGUGGUUUAAUGUAUUGGUGGCAUAUAACUUUGAAUGCUGUGUCUCUAGUAAAUCUUGUUAUGGCGGUUGGUAUAGCUGUCGAGUUUUGCAGCCAUAUAGUACAUUCCUUCUCUGUGUCGGUUCAAGCAACUAGAGUUGAAAGAGUUGCAGAUGCAUUAACAAAUAUGGGGAGCUCAGUGUUUAGUGGUAUUACGCUAACAAAGUUUGGCGGCAUUAUAGUACUCGGCUUUGCAAAGAGUCAAAUUUUCCAGGUAUUUUACUUUAGAAUGUACUUGGGUAUCGUACUAUUUGGAGCAGCGCAUGGUCUCAUCUUUUUACCAGUACUGCUAAGUUAUAUAGGCGUGAUGUCGCGCCGAGGGCGUAGAAGGGCCGGCGACCUCACUAGCGGAAGUGAAGUUAGGCGUCACGAACGCGACAAGCCGGAUUCUCCUCUACUCCAAAACGACAACCACCAACGCACGUCCACUUCCUACGCCAGUGUGAACUCCAUCGAUGUGACUGAUCACCAUAUAUUUUAACGAAGAAUUAAAUAUUGCCGAUUUAAUCGGAUGCAGUUUUGUACUUAGAAGGACUGAAAUGAAUCUAGGGAGGGACUAAGUUUCAAUAGAGUCUUUUAACUUGAGCCAUUAUGAGUCAGGAAAGCUUCAUUCUUUCACGAGUUCUUUUCACCUACGAAGUAGAAAAUUUAAUGCAAAUUAUUUCUAUCAAAUUCUUCGAGGCUGGUGAAUAUGUCCAUCUACGUUCAUAUCUGGCAUUUAUAAUUUUAGCGAUAAAUAAAUUGUAUAGAGUUCUAGGUCUUCGUAAUUUUUAGCAUAUUUAUUUCGGGCAAGGCUUUUUUAAUUCAGAUUUUCACAGACUGUAUGUAUUCGAAAUUGAAAUGUUUCGCAAUCGCGAACGCUUAAAUGUAUGCGCGAAUGAUUUUUUUAGGUAGAAUAAUUUAUCUAGAACAAAAAAUUUUUGUUUUCUUAUUACUUAUUAAGCAAAUUUAUCUUGAGAAUGGUGUAAUAGACAUGACGGGAUAUAAAAUGCAUUUUUUUGUUAUUAUAAUGCAUUUUUUAAUUGACACGAAUCCUUUUUUCUGAUAUUGAUAUCCAAUUAUUGAUUGUGACAUCAAAAUAUUGACUGUUGAAAAAUUAAUAUCAAAAUGAUAUUAAAUUCUUUAAUGUAUAAAUCCUCAAAGAAGUUAAUAUCAUUAUAUAAAGUAAUACAAUGGUUUAUUUUAGCAGUAAUAUAUAAAACAAACAUUUCAAGAUUUCAUUUGGAACUAAUAUCAGUCGUUAAUUAAAUAUUUAUGAUAAUUAUAAAUAAAUUGUUAUUCCGUCCAUAACCGAAAUAAAAUAUUAAAUAAAAAUUAAAAUAUAUAAAAUAAAGAUGUAAAAAAUAAGUUGAAAUUAAUAUUCUGAAAUAAGCAUGAUAUCUAUAUCAGGAUUUAAGUUUUCAAGUCUCGAAACAAUCCAUAAAUUUCAUGGUGAAAUUAUAUUCAUUCAAGUCAUUUAUUUUGAAUCUUAUCAAAUCAUUUGAUUAUCUUGUUACAAAAUUCUGAACUUGUUUCGGAUUUUUUUAUAGGUUUAUCUUUAACUUCAGAAUGUAAACAUUUUAAUCCUGAAUAUUUGAUAAUAAGAAAUUAUAACAGAAUUUAUCACAUAAUCAUUAGUAUGUUUAUGUGUAUGAUAGUAUAUGUUUUCAAUAUGAAUAAUAUGAGUGUUAUAGUUUUCACCAUGUCAGUUAAGGAUUAAAUUUCCGUCGUGAAACAUAUAAUUAUCAGUAUUGUUCAUUAGAUUUGAAUAUGUUUUGUCUACUUCUUAAGUAAAUAUCGUCUGGCUUUGCCAAGUUCCGAAUUUAUGAUGACAUGUUAAGAUAUUAAGUUAAGGCCACAGUUAAAGUAAUAGCUUGUUCCCUUGUUGCUAGCUUGCUAUGGAUCAAUGGGAAACAUUACGUUUAAGGAUUUUCAAAUAUUUUUCAUAUUUUUAUUAUAGUUUUUGAGACUAUUCUUUGAGAACAAUCCUUAUUCAAAUAUUCGACUUCUUUAUUCCAGAUAAUUAAAUUGAUCCUCAAACAAUAUGAAUAUCUGAAAAACGCGUAACGUUUUUAAAGAUAUAUUUUUAAAUAUAAUAUUGUUUUACGUGUUUUGUUUUGGUUAGCUAAAAUUUUGUAUUUAUAUAUAAUUACUCAGGAAAUGAUUACUUCUCUGUUGUUUUUUAAAGCACUCGUUCUAAGACUACUUCUAAGGAUGCAAAAAAAAACUAAAUAAGCUUGUUUAGAAUAAACAGAUUUGAGAAAACAGGUUAAAAAUUUAUACACAUGAAAAUUGUAUCAUAUUUUGGUAUAAUAAAAAAUGUAGUUUUCUUUUUCACGAAAAAAGAAAAAGAAAAUUUUUAAGAGAAGUAAGAAGCUAUAAAUGUAUGGGUACAUCUGUUUGUGGAUGACUGGAAAUAAAAUCAAGUUUGUUGUAGAAAUUACAAAGUGGUAAAUUACUUUGAUACAAGUAUCAUUGCCUUUCUAAUCAAACACAUAAAUAAUCACCUGGUAUUACAAAGAUUACUAAAAUGCGUGAACUAUCUCCUACACGAACAAAUUAGAUAAAUUACAUGGGACAUGUUAAUACAAAUGUGGCUUAGAAUCUCGCAUAACAUGUGGUUCAUAUAUUACUUUUAAAAUAUCUAAGUUUAUUAUUGCUAUUUGUAAUAAGAGAUAAAGCAUUGUGGGCAAAAGGCUAUCACUAUUUUUCAAUCACUAUUUUUAACAAUUUGAUUAUUUAUAUAUACUAUAGUUAUACAUUUAUAUAGAUAUUGAUUUUAUGAUCCUUAGUAAGCAAAAACGUCAAAGGGACGAAAUGCGAAUCUGUUUAUGAAUUCUAGCAAUCGACCAAUUCAAACUGUGCUUCUAUUAUACUUGAACAAUUAUAACUAAUUAAGAGGAUCAUAAAAUAUGUAUUUAAGUACUUUUUUUUCAUAAUAAGUCUUGCAAUCACACAUUAAACAAAUACAUUCUAUUGUUUCAACAAAAAAUUGAUUACUGAUUGAUUACAUGCAUAAAUUUAAUAUAAUUUAGCCAAAUGCUUAGGAAUAUGUAAGAUUUUUGUUGAAUGAAAGAGAAUGGGAUAGUUUACAUACAAUUGCUAGAUGUUUCCAAUGCGCGGGGUAGAUUUGUCAAUUUUAUUUUUUAGUACGCUUUAUCGGUGUAAGUUCUCCAUAAAGUGCUUUCGUUCAAUAUAUACAAUAAAUUUUGCAAAUAUCUUUUGUUUAUAUACAAUAAAUAUGAUAAAAACUAACAAAUAAAUUAUUAACAUCGAUGUGUUUUUCAACAUGCUUGAUGCUUUUUUUGAAAGAACUUCUCGUCACGGGUUUGAACGUUUUAUAGGGUUUUAUAGAGUGAAACUUUUAUACUACUCUCGUCAGGCAGUGUAUACAAUUAUGAAAGAAA